AUGAGAGAGAGCGGCCAACGCCAAACAGGCUUUCAGUCUGACCAGCCGGCCGCUGCGGUUCCUGCGGUGUCUGCGCCCUCUCCGUGUAGGUGGAAUGAGGGUGCGGCACAGGACUUUAUUGGAGCGACGGGCGGACCUUUGGAGGAUGCAAUUACAGUCGUUAAAGAUGAACGGUGGAAACGAAUUCGCAGCACAAUCUCUCCCUGCUUCACCAGUGGGAGACUGAAACAGGUUUUUCCCUUCAUUGCUCGCUUCGCAGACCGACUUGUGGCAAAACUCGGGGAAAUGAAUUUGAAUGAGCCCGUAGAGGUUAAAAAAUUUGUGGCACCGUUCAGUUUGGAUGUGGUGACCAGUGCUUCCUUCAGUGUGGAAAUCGACUCGAUAAACAAUCCUGAUGAUCCCGUUAACACUCACAUGCAGAAGAUAAUGAAAAUCAACUUUCGACUUUUUUUGUUACUGAUGGUGUUUCCCUUAGGUCGUUAUCUGCUGAAGCUCUUCAAAAUUGAAAUGCUAUCGAGACCCAGUGUGGACUUUUUCUACAACAUCAUCAAGAAAUUUAAAGACCAACAUCAAACAGAUGAAUCUACUCGAGGAGACUUCCUGCAGGUGAUGAUUCAAAGCGAGAUCCCAGACGCGGACAUAAAAAACGAAGAGGAGCAACCAACUAAAGGUUUGACUGAACAUGAGAUCCUUUCUCAGGCCUUGAUGUUCAUCUUUGCUGGCUACGAGACGACCAGUACAACUCUGUCUUUCAUUUUCUACAAUCUGGCCACGAACCCUGAUGUGAUGCAGACCUUACAGGAAGAGAUCGAUGCUAACCUGCAUGAAGAUACUCCCAUUUCGUACACCGACCUGUAUAAUCUGCAGUACCUGGACCAGGUUAUUUACGAGUCGAUGCGUUUGAUUUCCACCGCACCCCGGCUUGAUAGGGUUUGCAAAAAGACCGUGCAGAUAAAUGGGAUCACCAUCCCCGAGGGAACAUUAGUUGGGGUUCCGGUGCAUUUGUUACACAAGGACCCGCGGUUUUGGAGCUCGCCUGAGCUUUUCAAACCAGAGAGGUUCAGUAAGGAGAACGAGGCAGACCUGAACCCGUACGCCUACAUGCCGUUUGGCCUCGGCCCUCGUAACUGCGUUGGGAUGCGCUACGCGAUGCUCGUCAUGAAGAUGGUCAUCGUGCGCCUCCUGCAGAGUUACACCUUGGAAACCUGCAAAGACACUUCGAUUCCACUGGAGUUUAACUGGAUAUUUCAACCCACCAAGCCCAUAAAACUGAAGUUUGUUCCAAGAAAAUCAUAACAAGAUUACUAUCUUCAAAUAUCAUCUACCUAGUUUCUAUCAAAUAUUCUUUGUUAACGAGUUAACAUUUCUUUAUUGGGGACUGCC